UUGGAUGGUAAUCCGGUGUUGAAUUUGGCUUCUUUCAUUACUACUUACAUAGAAGAUAAGGCUGAAGAGUUAAUAAAAGAAAAUCUAUCAAAAAAUUUUAUCGAUUUUGAAGAGUAUCCUAU